CAUUUAAAUACUUAGCCAGCACUCUUCACAGAGUACGUACGACCUUCCAUUUAUUUUGCGACGACGUGCCUCUUCAAGCACCAGCUCUUCGCGUUCGGUCUAUAAAAGACAAAGAAUCAUGUCCGACGAAGGAAAACUUUUCGUUGGAGGCCUGAGCUUCGACACCACAGAGGAAUCUCUGGCAGAAGCUUUCGCCAAGUAUGGAAACAUCGCAAAAGUUGAUGUCAUCAGGGACAAAGAAACGGGAAGGUCUCGUGGAUUCGGCUUCGUAAAGUACGAUAAUGCCGAGGAUGCGAAGGACGCAUUGGAGGGAAUGAACGGCAAGUCUGUCGAUGGCAGAACCAUUCGUGUGGAUGAAGCUGGCAAGGGUGGCGGUCGCUCAGGAGGCGGAGGCGGUGGUGGAUUCAGAGGUUCCAGAGGUGGUGGCGGAUAUGGUGGUGGAGGUGGCUAUGGAGGGGGGAGAGGAAGAGGUGGGCGAGUUUACUCGCGAGGUGGUGGAGGAUAUGGUGGCGGUGACAGGGGAUAUGGUGAGAGGAGCUAUGGUGGUGGUGGUGGAGACCGCAGCUAUGGGGGUGGAGACCGGAGUUACGGGAGUGGCGGUGGAUACAGGAGCGGCGGUGGCGGAGGGUACUCUUCUGGUGGCGGAGGAUACAGAGACAAUAGGGGCCAGGGAGGCUACGGGGACCGCUCUGGGGGUUCCUAUAGAGACAGCUACGACAGUUAAGCUGCACACGAGUAAAAAUCCACCCCCGAUUCAAGAUCAUCCCUUGGCUGGCUGUAUUUAAAAAGCUCCUCAAGAAAUUUGUCCACAUGUUGACCUGAUUUUUGUAGUCCUAUUCUGUGUUUAAGUAGCUCGAGCGUCUUUAAAUUUAGCCAUGAGUUUUGGCCAUUAAUUUACAAACCAUGUUUAAAAAGUUAAUGAUCUCUAAAGGAUGCAUCUCGAUUUGUUCUUAUGGCAUUUAGUUCAAUUGAUAAAGCAUAAUGUCUGACUUGUUGGUGCUGUAAAAACCAAAACGUUGCUUCACAUGGCUGUUUGUAUAUAAACGCCCGCUGUUCUUUACAUUCUACUCCCUGUCCCUAUCAGCACUGACAUCUCCAUUUAAAUCCUUGAUAUUAGUAUUGUGGAUAUCAAUGAGGCUUGUUUACCUUCCUGUUUUCUUUUGUUUUAAAUGACAAUGUCCGACCUACCUCCUGCCAAGUUUUAAACUGAGCGAGAAAUAAAAUUAUUCCUUUGACUACCGUUAUCUAUACAAUUGAGGUUCUUAAAAUAGCUGAGGGUCCUGUAUGUUCAGUUUCCAAAAAGAGUGAAUUCCUUUCAGACUGAAGUUGCAAAUUGCAGCAUGCUACAGUCUGCUCACGGUGUUUUGUUGUUUUGCUCUGCUCAAUGCCUGCAUUUUAAAAUGUGCUUGUUAUAAUGGACUGAACACAAAGAUCUGCAUCAAUGUUACUACUCUUCUUGCCCAAUAAUAUUCCACCUGGGAACGAUUUUGUACUUUCUGUUCUUUGUAUCAUCAACAUUGAAGAUUAUUUUGUCAAUUUUGGCUUCAUGGAGCCUAUUAAAACGAUUUGUUGAAAAUA